AUGUCAAAGCGAAAUCUACUCCUGUGCUUCGACGCAUUCGGUACCCUCAUAAGACCUGCUAAGCCAGUCGCGCAGCAAUACGCACAAGUUGCUCGCCAAUGCGGUCUUACCGACAUCAGUAAUGAAGAGCUACAAUCAACUCUGAUAUCGACCAUCAAGCAAGAGUCCAAGAAGAAUCCUAAUUUUGGAAAUGAGACUGGUCUUGGCGCUACAAGAUGGUGGACAAAUGUCAUCCACAAUACGUUUACACCUUUAUUGAAGGACGGCCAAGCUCUUCCUCAAGACCUCGCCCCCAGACUUCUUCACCGAUUCGCUUCUAGAGAGGGAUAUGAAACUGAAGAAGGUCUCGUGGACGCUCUUAAGGGGUUAAAAAGCAACUCAUCUCGGCAUUAUGACCAACUUGUUAUUGGCGUCAUCACCAACUCAGACGAUCGUAUUCCAAGCAUUCUCUCAUCCCUUGGCCUCACCGUCAGCCCUUUACGUUACGGCACACAGUCUGACGCAAACCAGACAAAAACCAACACCUAUGAUAUUGACUUUCACUGUAUGUCUUAUGAUGUUGGUGUCGAAAAGCCAGACAAACGCAUCUUCAACGCCGCAGAAUACAUGCUCGCUCAGAUCAUCAGCGCUCGCAGCGGGAGGAGUUUAAAUGAGUCAAAGACAGAAGUGGGUACAUGGCAAAAGGUUUAUGUUGGAGAUGACUAUUCAAAAGAUGUUGUGGGAUCAACCGAUGCUGGCUGGAAUCCAGUGCUUCUCGAUCCGAAGGAUGAAUGCGAUAGUGUUGCCGAUCUCAAGCGCUGGCGAUCAAGUCCUGACGAAAAGUCUCAAAAGAAGGCAUGCAGGAUCGAAGACCAUCCUACAGAGACCAUUGAAGGGCUGUUCAAAAGCUAUGACUUUGCAACCGUCAAUUCAAUUGGUAAUCUCAUAUCGUGGCUGAAGGACAAAGCAUGA